UGCUUAAAAGAAAAGAAAUGUGAUCACCCCUCAGAGACGCACUAAAAUUAACUGUUCACCCAUACUUGCAGUUUCAGCUGGGAGCAGAACGAUAGCAAAACAAGAGUUCUCAACAGAAAGAAGGGAGAAAAAGUUGAAUUAUUACAUAGCUGAUUGAGUGACCCUCUUGCUUUUGGGGAUGAACCUGGCCGUAGGUUUCAAACCGUUGCUUGGAGACGCUCAAACAAUGGACAGUUUGGAGAAACAGCUCAUUUGUCCCAUUUGUCUGGAAAUGUUCACAAAACUUGUAAUCUUACCCUGUCAGCAUAACCUCUGCAGAAAAUGUGCGAAUGACAUUUUUCAGGCUUCCAACCCAUUCUGGCAGACCAGAGGCUCCACCACUGUGCCUUCAGGUGGUCGCUUUCGUUGUCCUUCCUGCCGACAUGAAGUCGUCCUGGAUCGCCAUGGAGUUUAUGGCCUUCAGAGAAACCUCCUGGUGGAAAAUAUCAUCGACAUCUACAAACAGGAAUCAUCCAGGCCCCUGCACACCAAGUCAGACCAGCAGUUAAUGUGUGAAGAGCAUGAGGAUGAGAAGGUUAAUAUUUACUGUCUAACCUGUGAGCUGCCCACCUGCUCUAUGUGCAAAGUGUUUGGCGCUCACAAAGACUGCGAAGUGGCACCUCUUCAAAGCGUCUACAAACGUCAAAAGACUGAGCUCAGUGAUGGCAUUGCGAUGAUUGUGGCAGGAAAUGACAGAAUCCAAGCCAUAGUUUCUCAACUGGAAGAGAUCUGCAAAACUAUUGAGGACAACAGCAGAAGACAGAAAGAGCUGCUUUGUGAAAAGUUUGAUGCUCUGUAUGCUAUUCUGGAAGAAAGGAAGAAGGACAUGGUUCAGUGCAUUACACGUGAGCAGGAGGAAAAAGUUCAGUACGUCCGAUCUCUGAUGAGGCAGCACGGAGAUCACCUAGAGGUAGCCAGCAAACUGGUGGAAACUGCGUUGCAGUCUAUGGAGGAACCCCAGAUGGCAUUGUUCCUACAGAAUACAAAGCAGCUGAUUAAAAAAAUUAUUGAGACAUCAAAAUCUGCCCAGAUGGAGAGAACAGAGCCUGGAUAUGAAAAUAUGGAUCAUUUUGUGGUAAAUCUUGGAAAAGCAGAACAGAUGUUGCAAAGGAUAAAUUUUCAGACAGAUUACCAGGGUGAAGACGAGGAAGAAAUCGAGGAGGAAGAGAUCGAGGAAGGUGGAGUGGGUGAAGAGGAAGGAGAACCGACUGAUGGUCAGUACUGAAGUUACAUUAACAAAGAGGACAGAACUAUGAAACAGCCCACAGACUGGUUAUCGAAUAAGAUUCACCAGUGACUUACAGGACAUUUAUACAAGAUUGCAAACGUAUUAUUCAAGUUUUUCUUUUGUUUUUGUUCAUUGAUCACAUUGGUGUGAAGUAAGUUAAUAAUAGUGAGGUUGUUUUUCAAUUAGACCAAAUACUGUACUUUUAUAUGUUUUCAGUAGUGUCAGUAAUUGUUCAUUGAAACACCACUAUAAGCACUCUGGUGAAAUCAUGUAUUGAGGUUUUCAUGUAGGAUUAAGUAAAUUUUAUUAGAAAUGAAUUGUUUGGAACAACCCUUUAUAAGUAUUGUGAGAUUUGUGCAUAGUUUAUUCUGAUACAUAAGGUUUAGAAUUUAAAUAAUUGCAUUCAUAUGUGUGAGCAUGUUGUGUGUGUGCUAUAGAUUAUUUCCCCAUAACUAUUAUUUAAUGGAUAGUAGAAUCUAAAUCUUGAAGAUAUAAGAUGAUUGAAGGCAUUUUGUGAAGCCAAAGUAUAGGAGGUUAAUACAAUGAGAUAAGUUUGAUUCCAUUCUUGUUGAGAGUCAAAAAUCGUCAAUUUGCUAUUACUGAAAUUGCACAAAUUCCUAAUAUUGUAUUGCAGAAUGAGAAAGUGCCUGAGAGAGGACAAGAAAUGGGUAUUUGAUGGAUUUAUGAGUCAUAGACAUUAUUAAUUCAUGGAUGAUGCUUUUCUGAAGUGGUCUUUCUGAUGAAUUUGUGUCUUUUAAAAUAAAAAAAAUUGAAUAUUGUUGGAAAA